AUCCUUACAAGUAGUCACUCUCACACGGUUAAACUCUCGGCAGAAUGACAACUCAAACGCGCAACCUCUUUCACCACCUUCCACCCCCAGCAGAAUGCCUCGCUCUCUUCAUUGCAACUUUGGAAAUCGUCCCAUUCGGAAUCAUGGGCCUACGUAAUCCUACCUUCUUCGCCGACGGCUACGGACUUCCCAUUACAGGCGACUCCAGCACCUCUUCACCUUCUGCCAAGCGUGCGCCUGCAGAAAGCACCUGCGAAGAGGACCAGGAAACGAAGAAAGCCCUUGUCGUAGCGAUAGCGGCGCGUAACGUUCAGAACGGAAUUCUGUUAGCGAUCUUUGGACUGGUUUUGAGAGAUAGACGGAGUUUGGGGGUCGCAGUCAUGGCGGGUCUGGUCGCGACAGUGGCGGACACAGUUAUUGUUAGGGCCUAUGGGGCGCAGGAAAAGAUUGCAGGUCACUAUGUUGGUAUCUUCAACAGUCUGGCGAUUGGUGGUAGUCUGUUAUACUGGGGGCGGAAUGACCCCUUGUGGUGAUGACAAGGCGGCCAAGUUGAAAACAGUCAAAAGCGCGAAACGGAAAUUGCAAGUUGAGGCGCGUCGUUAAAGAGGCGUUUUUCCAAGAUCGCGAGUCGCCGUUGGAAGAAUGAUAUGUGUACAUGAAUCAGAAUACCAAUACGGCGACCGAUCAAGCGACCAACUUCUCAUCACUAUCUCCAUUCAGCUAAAUUUCUUCUUUACUU